UCUAUCGCGGCCGGCGCUCAGUUACGAGCGGACCUCUGACGGGAGCGGAACUUGAAAAAGUCCCGCCCAACAGCCCAGAACAGAGAUGAUCUUCUCGCGGAUCAGGAACUUAGUGUGGGCACCCAGUGCCUUGCUGUGCUGUCUGUUGGUUGUGAGUAGUGUAUUAGUGAGCAAUGUAGACUGUGCAAAAAAGGCUGCCCCGGCCGUCUCCGAGGCCACGAUCGAGGAAGUUUCGGCCAAACAGUUGGAACGGUUACUAGAGGAUAAGGAUUACGUCGCGGUGUAUUGGUACGCCCGAAGUUGUACGACAUGCGACACAGUAUUAGCCGAACUCGAGCACAUCGACGAUGACACCGACUCGUUCGGUGUCGAUUUCGUCAAAAUCAACGACAAACGACUAGCGAAACAGUAUGGCAUUACGAAAUUCCCCGCCCUCACCUAUUUCAGAGAAAAAGAACCAAUCAUCUACGAAGGUGACCUGAUGGACGAAGCCGGCGUGUUGGACUUCCUCACGUCGCUCGAAGCAAUGGACCUGCCGGACCGGAUCGAGGAAGUGAACGCUAAGAUCCUGUCGAAAAUCAUCGAGGACUCCGACUACGUAGCCGUUCUCUUCUGCACAAAUCACGAAAAUUGUCCACCCGGAAACAACAAUCAGCCCGAGUGCAGGAAGUGCAUCAAGGCCCUCCAAGAGCUGGAGAACAUCGAUGACGAAGCCGAUGAACUGGACAUCGGUUUCGUCAAGAUCCACGACGAGGCCCUGGCCGAAGAGUACAACCUGGGACCACUGCCAAAGCUGGUGUACUACCGGCAUCAAACUCCGAUCGUGUACGAGCACGAACUUCAACGGGAGGAAGACGUGUUGGAGUGGCUCGUGGAGAACAAGGCUACCGGCGAUGAGGAUGAUGUGAUAGAGGAGGUCAAUGCCAAGACACUGAAGACUCUGAUUGCCAACAUCGAUAAUUUGGUUGUGUUGUUCUAUGAUGACGGAGACGAUGAAUCGGAAAACGUCCUUCACGAGCUGGAGAACAUCGACGAUGACUGUGCCAAGCACGGAAUUCAGUUCGUCAAGAUCGACGAUGCUAAGGUGUCCAAGGAGUACGGCAUCGACGAUAUCCCAGCCAUCGUCUAUUUCGAGAAGGAGAUUCCCAACGUCUACGACGAUGAUCUCAGCGACGAAGAGGAAAUCCUGAAAUGGCUGCUGUCGCAGCUGGAGAAGGACGAGAUCGAAGAUGUCACCGACGAGAUGCUGGACAAGCUGAUCAAGGAAGGCAAAUCGGUUGCCGUCAUGUUCUACGACAACAACGACAAAGAGUCCGAAAAGAUCCUGGACGAACUGGAGAGCAUCGACGACGAGUGCGAUCAGCUGGGAAUCAACUUCGUCAAAAUGGACGACACAGAGGAAGCCAAGGACUACGGUGUCACCAAUUUCCCGACGUUGGUUUACUUCGAGCAGGGCAUUCCCACGGUCUUCGAAGGCGAACUGGAGAACGAGGAGGAAGUGCUGGAAUGGCUCGAACGACAGACCAGCUCAGACGAGAUCGAGGACGUCACCGACGAGAUGUUGGACAUGAUCAUCGAGAAGAUGCCGCACGUCGCCGUGCUGUUCUACGACAAGGAAUCCAAAGCGUCCCAGAAGGUACUGGCCGAGCUGGAGAACAUCGACGAUGAGUGCGACCAGAACGAUAUCGCCUUCGUGAAGAUUGACGAUGAUAACGAGGCCAAGGAAUGGGGCAUUGAAGAGCUGCCCACUAUGAUCCUGUUUGAACGCGGAAUUCCACACAUCUACGAAGGCGAUCUCAUGCGAGAGGAAGAGCUGUUGGGCUGGCUGGUGCAUCAGAAGAGACAUUCGGAGAUUCCGGAAAUCACCGAUGAAAUGAAGGACAAGCUGAUGCGCACCUACGAUCAUGUGGCGAUCAUUUUCUACGACAAAGAUGAUAAGCAAGACAUCCGCGUUCUGAACGAACUGGAGAACAUCGACGAUGAGCUGGAGAAGGAGGAAAUUGUCAUUGCCCGUCUGGACAAUGCGGAGGAAGCCCGAGAGUACGGUCUGGAUCACCUCCCGGCGCUGGUGUACUUCGAGAACCAAAUCCCAGCCAUUUACGAGGGUGAUCUGAUGAACGAAGAAGAAGUGCUGGAGUGGCUCAAACUGCAGAAGUACUCCGCCACCAUCGAGGAAGUUACCGACGAGAUCCUGCAGGACCUGAUCGAAGAGCACGAGUACGUGUGCGUGUACUUCAGUGGAGAGUGCGAUGAGGGCGAGAAGUGCGAUAAGAUUCUGGACGAUCUGGAGAACAUUGACGAUGAGCUGGAUGAGGCCGGUAUUAUUUUUGUAACGACCGAAGACAUGUCUACCGCCAAGAAGUACAACAUCAAGACGGUACCGGCGCUGGUGUUCUUCCGCAACAAGGACCCUCUGCUCUUCUCCGGUGAUUUGAACGACGAGGAUGAAGUGCUGGCGUGGUUGACCGAUGAGGAAACCCUGGAGAUUCCCGGACGGAUCGAGGAAGUGAAUAUCAAAAUGCUGGAGAAAAUCCUGUCGGAGAACGAGCACAUCGUUGUGUUCUUCUACCACGACGAAGACAAGAAGUCGCUGAAGAUCAUCAACGAACUGGAAAACAUCGAUGACGAGUGCGAGGAGAAGGACAUCGAUUUUGUCAAGACCUCGGACGACGACAUCGACAAGGAGUACGAUCUCGAACAGCUUCCCGCUCUGGUGUUCUACCGCCACAAGUUCCGUACCAUCUACAGUGGAGAUCUGAUGAACGAAGAGGAGAUCCUCGAGUGGGUUCUGCAGCAGUACGAGUCGAAGCCGGAAGUGAUCGAAUCGGUUGACCGUAAGACCCUACAGGUGCUUGUCAACGAGAUCGAACAUCUGGCUGUGCUGUUCUACGACGAUGACUGUGAGACGUGCCCGAAGAUUCUGGAAAAAUUGGAAACCAUCGAUGAUGAUACGGACAAGCAUAAUAUUCAAUUUGUUAAGGCCAACGAUGAAAAAUUGGCACACGAAAUUGGAAUAUUUUCGUUCCCAGCUUUGGUCUACUAUGAAACUGGCGUCCCAAUUAUGUAUGAUGGUAAUCUCAAAAACGAAAAACGCAUCUUGCAGUGGCUAGUCGAUCACAAAAGAAGGUAUGAUAUCAAAAUGAAAUACAGUGGCGGUCAGAAGAAAGAACGCACGAAGGUAGUUUUCUCUGACCCGGAAGAAGAGGCGCGGUUAGCGCGCCUGCAAGCAGAAGCCCGGGCCCGAUCGGGGGUGCCGGAAAAAUCCAUCCUAAAACCGCCACCAGGAACCCUUAUCACCACCAGUCUACAAUACAAUCCCAUGUCAUUAGAUAACAAAGUACCGAAACCUAAGAGAUCUAAGCAAAAAGAAGCUCCCGGGUACAUCGACAGAGAAGAUAGAAUCGAUAAGAGCAGACCCAAGCAAAGCAAACUCAAACCAAUCCCCAAGCUACCAUCCGCCAUCACCACCACCACUACCAGCAAAACAUCCAAAACUACCAAGCCUGAACCGCCCAAAAAGACCAAAGACAGCAAAGCUCAAAAGCCCCAACAACCGUUGUUCAAGCCCCUGAAAAAACCCGAGCUCCAGAAAGCCGACCAGGCCAAACCCAAAACGGACCUAAGGAAGUCUGAUGAUGAUGAAGGUGACCUCAUGAACGAGUACGACGUGAUUGACUGGAUCAACGACCAAACCACCGACGAAAGUAUCGAGGAAGUGGAACGCGAUGAGCUGUUCGAACUAAUCGAAACUCACGAUUUUCUAGCUGUAGUUUUCUACUUGGAAGAAGACGAAAACAGCCCGAAGGUUCUGCGGCAUAUCGAGCUGAUCGACGAUGAAGCCGCCGAAUAUGGAAUUCUACUGGUGAAGUGUUCCGACAAACUAAUGGCCAAGAAAUAUGGCUUCCGCAAUCCCCCAGGGGUGACCUACUUCCGCAAGGGUAAGUACAUCAACUACGACGGCGACAUCGACGACGAGGAGGAACUGCUCGAUUGGCUAACCAAUCCGCACAACAUGGAGAUGACGGACCACAUCGAGAAGGUCAACCGCAAGAUGUUCCACAAAAUCCGACAGGCGUCGGACUACUUGGCUGUGUUCUUCUACAGCGAAGACUGCAAACAGUGUCCCCGAGUUCUUGCAGAGAUCGAACAUAUCGACGAUGAAGCCGAUGGAGCUGGCAUUAACUUUGUCAAAAUUGACGACAAACAGAUGGCCAAGGACUUGGGCGUCUACGCGCUGCCCGGAAUUGUGUUCUUCAAGCUCAGCUCCAAGGAUCCGGUAAUCUACGCCGGCGACCUAAACAACGAAGAAGAAAUCCUGAACUGGUUGAUGACACAGAAAAACCCCGGUGGCGACGUCAUCGAGGACCUGGAUGGAUCCAAACUGCUCAGCCUCAUCGAAGACUCUAAUGCGUUAGCUGUUUAUUUUUAUGCUGAUAACUGCGAACAGUGUUCGAGUGUUCUUGAGUCGUUGGAGAACAUUGAUGAUGACUGCGAUCGCCACGGUAUCUUGUUCGUCAAGACAGACGACUUCUCGAUUGCGGAGCACUACGGAAUCAUUGAUUAUCCGGUUUUAGUCUACUUCGAAGACAAUAUUCCCAACGUGUUUGAGGGAUCUUUGGAUGAGGAAGAAGAAGUGUUACAGUGGCUCAUUACGCAGAAGACCGAAGAUCGCAUUGAGCUCAUCACACGAGUCAUGCUGGAAGCUGCUGCGGUUGAAGACACUCAAUACCUGGCCGUCUACUUCUACAAGAUGAACUGCAACAUUUGUGACCAGAUUCUCGAGGGACUGGAGGUCAUCGACGACGAACUGGACGUGUUCGGUAUCCACAUGGUCAAGAUUCAGGAUCCACAGCUGGCGAAGCGCUACUCGAUCAAGACUUUCCCCGCGCUGGUGUACUUCAGAAACGGUAAUCCACUGCUGUACGAGGGAGAUCUGCAGAGCGAACAGUCGGUACUGGAGUGGCUCAUCGACGACGAUAACCGCGAGUUGGCUGACGAAAUUGAAGAAGUCAACGAACGUAUGCUGGACAGAUUGAUGGAGCAGUCUCCACUGCUUUGCGUGUUCUACUAUGACGAGGACUGUCAGGAAUGUGAAGACAUCCUGGAAGAGCUGGAGAUGAUUGACGGUGAAGUUGAUCUGUACGGUAUCGAUUUUGUUAAGGUCGCCAGUUUGAACGCUGCUCAUAAGUACGGAAUUACCACCAUUCCAUCGUUGGUGUACUACAGGAAACAAAUCCCGAUGUUAUACGACGGAGAUAUGCACGACCAUCAACGCGUAAUGAACUGGUUGACAUCACAGGAUGUGUUCGAAAUAAAGAACGAGAUUGAAGAGGUCAAUAGGAAAAUGUUGAACAAACUUUUGGAUGAGAAUGAAUUUUUAGCCGUCUACUUCUUCGAAGAAGACCACGCCGAGAGCGACGCCGUGCUAGAGAGGCUCGAGCUGAUCGACACCGAAACCGACAACCUGGACAUUCCCAUGGUCAAAAUGGGAGAUCCUCGAUAUGCUCGCAAGUGGGGAGUCACCAAAUUGCCGGCCAUCGUGUACUUCCGCAAGCGAUUCCCAAGCAUUUACCGAGGUGACAUGUACGACGAGCAGGACGUACUGGAGUGGCUGCGGAAGAAUCGCUUCCGCCAACCAGAGCUCAACGUUCUGAUGUACGGAUGCAUCGCAACUGCGCUGGGCUUUGUCGUCUAUACGGCUUUCCUGUUACAGUGCUUCAAACCAACACCUCCGCCGCCGGUUCAGCAUCCCAAGCAGAAUUAGAGCAAUGCCAUGUUAACAUCCUUGUUAUUUUUUACUCCACUCCAGCUCUUUGACAGAUUGAACUGUCGCAAGACAUUUUUUAAUUGAUAAGUUACUUUAGAAGAAAGAUUGUCUUUGAGUAAUUUGUAAUGGCGAAAUUUGUAUAAAACGGAGAAAAGAUUAUUUCUCAAUUAUAACAAAAAAUUUGGACAGAGCUAUUUGUAUCAGGAAAAUCACAUGGUUCAAGCACUCAACCUUCAAACGAAAUAUUGUUCAAUAGAGAGCACCGAAAACUCACCUUUUGUUAGUAGCUAAAACGUAAUAUUUCUAGUAGAAAUUUUCACAUUGUAGAUAGUUAUACAAAAAUUGUAAAAAUAAUACGAGACAACAAAAAAACAGAAACUUGUAAAAAAAUGAAACCAUGCAUUUUUAUUAGACAUAUUGUACUGAUGUAAAAACAAAAGAUGCGAAAUAUUAAUUUUAAGUCGUCCUACCGUACAUGGAACUCGCCAGGAGAAGAACUUACCAUCAACCGUGACACGCGCGCACUAGAGCUAGAGCCGUAUCGUAACCUUUUGCUAAACGAUCAAAUCGAAACAAAUAAAGUAAAUAGACGAGCGACAACCGGAAGUAGAUAGUAUCUCCCUCUAGGGUAAUGUAGUCUCUCUCUCAGUCCCCAGUUUUGCGCUUUCCGCAAAUCAAUGACAACACUCCGUUCGUAAACCAACAACCAAGCCAGCCGGAGAGAACAGCUCCAGCCAAAUUCUUCAUCCGUAUAUUUGGCAACGUGUAAAUAUGAUGUUUUGGAAUUGCAGAAAUCGUUAAGUUAUUAUUAUUUGUUCUGACAGUGACCGAGUGUUUAGCAGGCAGAAACGUUUUCUCUCUGUUGUGUGCGGUUUUCGUUGUAUUCCUAUAUUGUAUGUUAUUUGGGCUUUUUAUUUUAUUCGAUCAGCAUCACUGUGGACAAAGAUUUUUCCUUUCAGUUUCUUUUAUGUUAAUUCAAUACCAAAUCCUGUCUAAGGUUAAGUUAAUUUAAAAUGAAAAAUACAGCUGCCGUUGAUUAACCAUUGUG